AAAAAAAAAGCUGUCUUUCUGUUUCCGCUUACAGCUAGCUCUCUGAUUGGCCGAGCUCUGACGUCCACCGUCAUGGCUCACCUGUUCCUCGCCAGUAAGAUCACCAUGCCGGACGACCUCUACGCCAAAGGGGGCGGAAGGAUCCCGAGGAACGCCGUGAGGAUACCGACGUCCAUCUCGGCGGAGAGGCUGAGCCGGGAGAAGACCAGGAAGGACAGUGCCGUCGUCGUGACCACGCGUGUCCCGCACGUCAACGAGGUCCAGCUGACAGCGGCCACCGGCGGCGCGGAGAUGUCCUGCUACCGCUGCGUGGUGCCGUUCGGCGUGUUCGUCCUCAUCGCCGGCGUGGUGGUGACGGGGGUGGCUUACACCUUCAACACCCACGGGUCCACCAUCUCCCUGCUGGGGCUGGUGCUGCUUUCUGCAGGCCUGGGCCUGCUGGGAUCCAGCGCCAUCUGCUGGAGACUCCGACUGAGGAAGAAGAAGGACAAACGAAGGGAGAGUCAAACCGCCCUCAUGGUCAGCCAGGGCUACUGCGUGCCCUGAUCCCCUUGAAGUUUGGACAGUCAAACCUCAAGCUCUUCAUUCCACGCAGCAGAUAUCUUUAAAAGUGUAUAACUGAACACAGACGCCACACUGGCUCACCAGGUUAACAGGCUGUACAGCUCAUAACCCCUGUCCUUUAUGCUCAACGACUGAAGAGGCAAACGGUGCCUAAAACCCAAAACCAGUUCCCUGAAAGCUGAUGGAGGAAAUGAGACCAGUUGGUCUCUGAACCUGAACUUUUAUUGGAGCUAACUAAUUUCACAUGACCAAAUAGCUUAGAACGUCAGAUCAUUAAAAAAAAAAAAAAAAAAACAUUUUGAUGAAGCAAGAUGACAAAACCACAAACUGAUUUAAAAAUAAAAAUAAAAAAAAGUAAACCACUGAAGGUGAACUUGCAAAGUUUUCUCUUUUUUUCCCCUAAUAAAAACGUCAGACUCGCUAAAGCAAACACAAGAGAUCAGUAUGAUCUGGCUUGGGGUGUUCAGUUAAUGCAUAUUAUAUGUUGAUAAUAAGCUAUAGACACGGUUAGAAUGGUACUCUACAAUACGUAUGUUGAGCAGCUUUUUGUUUCUCUUUGAAUUGGGCUCAUUUGUGACCUCUGUUCGUUCCUGGGAGGUGGGAGAUGUGUCAUUUAAACCGAGAGUAAAUUCAGAGAAGCAUCUGAAGACGUUUCCUUCAGAACCGACAGCACAGCUCUUUAACGCCACUUUGAGAUCAGAGUAAGUGAUCUUACAGAAAUCACUUACCGAAUCAGCGUUCCUUCAAACAGGCUCUGUUUGAAGUUUUGUUUUUCUGGGGAAUUUUAAAGGGUGAUAGUUAACAUAGCAGCUUUACUACAACUGAAGAUGCAGGUAAUUUUGUAUGCAUAUAUAUACAUUUUUUUUUUUUUAGCCAUGUAAGGAUGUGCAGGUGUGCAGUGUGUUUCACUUUAUGACUGAAUACCUGAGGGUUGAGGUCACAGCUGGGCCCAAUUUCUUGCAUGCAUGCAUGUCUGUUUGUAUGACACGUGCAUUAAAUUAUGUCACGCAGAUAUUCCUCCGAUGUAGCUCGAUUUUAUUUAUUCUGUCAGUGACUGGAACUAUAACUAUUAAAAACGAAGAUCUGGUGCCAAAACAAA